UACAGAGGACAGGGCUAUCUCUCUGGUGGGUUCCCAUGACUGGAUCCAUCUACCUGAUGAUGGUGAGGGAUGGUGUGACCUUCCUGUGUGGAAUCCCAGGAAUACAGAGGACGGGGACAUCUCUCUGGUGGGUUCCCAUGACUGGAUCCAUCUAUCGAAGAUUUAUUAUUGUGACAUCACAUAGAAAAUCCGCACAUUGUCUCCAUGAGUCCAUGUUCUAGAUCCUCCAUCCCACCAACCUUGUAAUAGUGAGGGAUGGUGUGACCUUCCUGUGUGGAAUCUCGGGAAUACAGAGGACGGGGACAUCUCUCUGGUGGGUUCCC